GCUGCUCUCGCGGCAGAAUUUCAGGUUUCCUUGCAGCCUUGGCCUUGCUGGCAGCUUGCAUGCCUGCAGCUGCUUGCUUGGCAACCUGCAAGCGCGUUUUUGAGGUCCCGUUAGCAGGUGUGGCAAAGAGGACAGUUCUUCCAGGAAGACAAAGAAGUCUGAAAACGGGCAGGCGGGUCAUUGUAGAGCCGCCGGUGAGAACUCGCCCGCCAGAUACCUUUUCGGAUAUCUCUACGCAAAGAGCUGACUGGACAGAAUGCCUCAUCAAAGACCCAGUUCCCAAGGCUAAGGCGGCAGCCUUGCGGGUUGAAACCUGGGUUUUUCGAACGAAAGAUUUGGGGGAUUUCCAUCGUCAUUUAAGACUAAGAGGGUUUCAUAACAAUGGUGAGAUGGCUAGCCUAUCGUGUCGCGAACGCCGGGUUGAUGCUGAGAUCAGAUGCUCGCAAUGUGUUCGAUUGCUUUGCGGUGGAUACUAUGGCCAUCUUGGCGUGUGCGUGCCGGCAUAUCCGCCGCAGGGGGAUGCGGUAGGGUGCUUGGCGCUAUCAAAGACCAUAGAUAUGCCGGCUCCAGCCACUGAAGAAGAUGACAGUGGCGACUGGGAUGGGGACCAAGGGCGCCAAAGUGCGUUCUGCAACAGCGUCAAUGUCAGAUUUGACAAGGUUGGAAAUUGA